AUGCUCCAAGAUCAAAACAUUAGGGAUUAUCAAGAAUCCAAAGAAGAAACUCUGAUCGGUAGACAAAAAAUAGAUUAUCUUAAAGGAUUAAUCUUAAUUGAAAAAGAAAAGCUCAUCAAGCAAAAUACAUCACAGGAAGAUUUGGUAAAUGCUCCACAAAUUCGCCUUUCAGAAUUGCAGCAAGAGCUGAUUAAAGAGUUUGAAAAUGAAAUAAAGAAAGCUUUUAAAGAUCAGAAAAACUUAAAUUCAUACCUUCAACAGAUGCAAAGGGGAAAAAGAAAGACUUGAAUCAGAAAAUCAGCAGUUGGAGCAAAAAAUCAAAUUGCUCGAAAAUGAAGUUUUAGAUGGAAAGCUAGAUAAUCAGACUCUCUUAGAAGAGUAUAAGUUCAACCAUAA